UGUGGGAAUUUCCUGAUGAGUUCUGGAGUCACCCACAGCUGAAAGGAGGACAGCGACCACAGCGGGAACAGACAUCUUCGCCAUCAUGGCAACACCAGGAAGCAUGGCCAAUGAGGCACUUGUGUUCAUGCCCCCAAAUAGCACUGGCAUCACCCAACAAGCCCAGGGGGCCUCUGGGGCCAUUUCCCAGACUCCUCAGGUGAUGCAAUACGAGCCUCAGCAGUUCAGAGUCAUGGACCCUUGGAACCAGCCGCUUGGGUCAAUGUAUCCCGAGAGUGCAGGUGAACAGGUCGCACAGCUGAGGAAAGCAGGGAUGAUGGAGAUAUUCCUCAAAGCACAGCCCAAGACCAUGGGGGCCCUCCAGAUCCUGACUGGGCUGAUGACCAUUGGCUUUGGAGGCAUCUCUACCAUUUUCAUGAAGCGACCCACUUUCAUCUCUGCCUUCACGGGGUACCCCUUUUGGGGAGGAAUUUUUUUUGUUAUUGCUGGAUCCCUCUCGGUUGCAGCUGAGAAUCAUCCCCGCACCUGGCUGGUGAGAAGCAACCAGAAAAUAAACAACACUAGUGCUACUGUUUCAUCUUUUGGGAUAAUUAUCUUGAUAGCGGAUCUGAUUUUGAAUCCCUCACGUUAUGAUAACCAUGAAGAAUACCUUUGGUGGAGUGCUAGAACGGGGAUCACAGUCAUGCUGCUCUUCAUGACCGUGCUGGAGUUCUGCAUUGCGGUCUCAACCUCGUAUGUUGCGAAGCAAGCCAUCGGCUACACCCCCGACACUUCCAUGUUGUACAUGCCAUAUGCUGUCAAUACAAACUUCGGGGUUCCCUCCGCACCAAUGCCCCCUCCGCCACCGUACACCAAUGAGGCUUAUGACCCCAAAGAGGAGACUGAAGAAGGGGCCUCAGGAGGAAGUCCUGUGAGAGACGGUGCCAGCAGCAGCUUCUCUGAGAAGUAAAAACCAUCCCCAUCCCACAUGAUUUAGCUCAUUCCACUUCCUGAGUGCAGGUCUAGAACCCAGCUCAUCGCACAUCUCAGAAGGAACUCGUUUCGGCCAGCCUCUCCCUGGCUCCACACCAUCUGUAGUUCACACUGUACAGAAUGAAAUAAUAUGAUGACGCACCAGCACAAUCCAACUC